UCAUGGGCACUCGCUGCCACAACGACCGCUCCUCUCUGUGCUUGGCGCUGAUGACGAGGCGAUGCUGGCGGGGGGCCGCCUGCUGCCACGUCUGGUUGGACACACGGACCAGCAGAUGGAGGGGGAGGGAGGCCAUGACGAUGCUAAGGAGGCCCGGCUGCACACAAACCCACAGCACACAUGACCGGAAGAGAAAUCCAUCAGUGCACACAUGGCCUCAGUCUGUGGGCGGCUUACCGUGUCUGAGAUUUGCUGUUUCUCUCCCUCUCACUCACACCACCACCACCACCAGCGGAUGCCGUUGAAGCCGCAGCAGCAGAUGCAGCCUGCUCUUCGUCACGGCGAGACCUCUCCACCUGCAAACAUGGCGCAACACAAACACAAUCCACCAAUGCAGUCAGCCAUGGGCUGCGCCUCACCUGUCUAUCGUUCUCCAU